UGCUACACGAUCGAGGUAGCUACCAGAGCCAACCUACGCGCUCACACGUACGUGAGGACCCACACACACACACCCAUCCGAACGAUGGUUGUACUCGUGUGGAGACUGCUGCUGCUGCCGCUCUUCCUGCUACUUUCCCCCUCCACUCGUGAUGGUGUCGAAGCUUUCGCCUUCACCACGCCAAAUCCCGGCGCAGCGCGCGCGAGGGCUGCGGCACUACCACCACGCGUCGGUGCUCCCCGGACUAUGGCUUCGGCAGGGCCACCCUUCUUCCCGUGCAGGGUGGCGGCGGCGGCGGAGCGAAGUAGCUGGGCGACGAGCGCAACGAAGAGGGGGAAGGAAGGCGACGACGAUGGCGACAGGAUCGACAUGCUGACGGGGAGCGGGCUGCGCGGCGUGGACACGAGCAAGCUCACGGGAAACGAGAAGCGGGACGCUGAUUGGUUCCUCCGCACGAACUCCCGUGAGCUCGUGUGGUUCGAAGACCCGGUGUUCUACCUCGGCCUGUGCUUGAUUGUCCCGGUGGUCGGCCUCGUGUGGGGCGCCUUGAAUUGCUACGUCCCCGGAAUCUGCCCCUCCACGUUGUAGAUGUAUUUUAUUGUGCGCAUGAUGCGAUAGAGCGGGGGUGGGCUUGCUCCCGGACAGAUGUAUUUUUUGUUCGGACAGAGUCGCUCGACGAGGAGCUUGAGGUAUGCGUAUCUUCCCACCAGUGUAGGCGUAACACGAGCGCGCAGCUGCUACAGUGUUGUUGGUGGUGCAGGGAUAGGAAGGGGAAGAAUGAUCAGGAUGGAACUGUUGCGUACUUCUCUUUUCUCCCUCCAUCUUGCAAGUACUUGUUGUCAAGAUAUAUAAGUCGAAGCAUACAAUGGGCAUGCGAUCAAUAAAGCCGGUACACGUGAGCUUUCAGGCCACGACCACGGACAAGAAAUACCCCGUGCGGCGGGACGCCCCGGAAAUGUUUAUUAUGAGGGUCGUAUAGACAGCAAAUCUUGCGAGCAGUCCGAUGGUCUCUAGAGAUGCACAUGGUACUCCCCAGCGUGUCACCUAAGCUUAUUGUGGGACGAGCACAAUAUAAAGCUUAGUAUCUAUGUACAGCAGUAUACCGAGGUCGUUCGUCCUCGUCGCAGUUUGCGCGAGAAAUGUCAUGCAUCAGCCACCAAGAAGGGGCGUGCAUGAUCCUAGAGACACGGUAGGGGAAGGGUGCAAGGGUUUUCAUUUAUCCGUGCCAAGAAAAACGCAGCGGCAAGUAGAGCGACGUCAGCGGCAGUAAGGAGAACACCGGAUGACUGCUUCCGGUGGCGUUUGCCGCGAUUUGAGGCUGGGUGAACGCCGUGUAUCGUGAUUUUGUGAAACGCCCGGAUUUUGGUGCGCCGGAGACAGUUUGACGGGGAACCGGUCGUGGAAUUGACGUUGGCUCCAGGCGAAUACGACGAGGGUGUGUUGGUUUG